AGGACUUACCUUCCCAUAGGAAUGCAUGUCUGGGCCACUGGGUCCCGUGACUAGGUGAUGUCCGAAUAGCUUUGUUGUGGUUUUUGCUGUUUGUUUUGGUCUUCAGUGUCCCUGAAAAACUUUCCCUUGGUGGUAUAUGUGAAGCUGAUUUGUGUGGGACUUACUGUAGCUCUCUGAAUUUGGAAUUGAUUCCGGGAUGCUGUGUGAUGGUAGCAUAUUUGUGACAUAUGUGCGUGUGCGUGUGUGUGUGUGUGUGUGUGUGUGUGUGUGUGUGUGAAUUUGGCAUACUUACAAUGCUGUGGUUGUUUAUGCUUAUGACACUUCUGUAUGUGUGAUAGGCAGACAGCCAGGUGAGACAUUCACCUGCAGGCAAGUUUGCCUGGGACCAGCUGCGUCCCCAGCCAGCUUUCCCUUCCCCACACACCUGUGUGGGCUCUUGCCCCUCUUUGCUGAGGCCCAGGAAGCCAGAGCAUCUGCCCAGUGAAAACACCAUUCUCUUCCGAGAGAGUCUCCGCCCCUUAACGGUCCUCCUCUCGCCACUCUGACCCCUCCCUUCACUCUCCCAGGACUGGCUGGCUGGCUGGCUGGCUUGGGCCACCCUAGGGCUCUGCUACCGGCCCUUGAGAACUUCCUCUUUGUCUCAUCCAAGAGCCAGGUGGAUGAACUUGGCUUGUCUGUGCCUCCAGCCUGCCCUCAAGAGGACCUGGGGCUUCAGAAUAGGCCAGGUCCAGAGUUUCAGCCCAGAGCACCACACCCCACUCUGGCCGGAGCUCACCAAGCAGCUCCCCAUCUCUUCGGAAGCGGCUUCAGCUCUUGCCCCCAAUCCGGCCCCCUCCGGCUUCUGAGCCAGAACCAGGCACCAUGGUGGAGAAGGGGUCUGACAGCUCCUCUGAGAAGAGCGGAGUGUCCGGGACACUCAGCACCCAGAGCCUGGGCAGCCGGAACUUCAUCCGCAACAGCAAGAAGAUGCAGAGCUGGUACAGUAUGCUUUGUCCCACAUACAAACAACGCAAUGAGGACUUCCGGAAAUUGUUUAGCAAACUUCCUGAAGCAGAGCGCCUCAUCGUAGAUUACUCCUGCGCUCUGCAGCGGGAGAUCCUCCUCCAGGGCCGCCUCUACCUCUCUGAGAACUGGAUCUGUUUCUACAGCAACAUCUUCCGCUGGGAGACCACAAUUUCCAUCCAGUUGAAGGAAGUGACCUGUCUGAAGAAGGAGAAGACUGCUAAGCUCAUCCCCAAUGCCAUUCAGAUCUGUACGGAGAGUGAGAAGCAUUUCUUCACUUCCUUCGGGGCCCGAGACCGCUGCUUCCUCCUCAUCUUCCGUCUCUGGCAGAAUGCGCUGCUUGAAAAGACACUGAGUCCUCGAGAGCUUUGGCACCUGGUCCAUCAGUGCUAUGGCUCAGAGCUGGGCCUCACCAGUGAAGACGAAGACUAUGUCUGCCCCUUGCAACUGAAUGGUCUUGGGAGUCCCAAAGAGGUGGGAGACGUGAUUGCACUCAGUGACAUCAGCCCCUCAGGGGUGGCUGACCGCAGCCAGGAGCCAAGCCCUGUGGGUUCAAGGCGUGGCCGAGUCACUCCAAACCUCUCUCGAGCCAGCAGUGAUGCAGACCAUGGGGCCGAGGAGGACAAAGAAGAGCAGACAGACAGUCAGCUGGAUGCCUCCUCCAGCCAGACAGUGACCCCAGUAGCAGAACCUCUGAGUACUGAGCCGCCACCACCAGAUGGGCCCACUUCCUCCUUGGGUCCCUUGGAUCUGCUGUCCAGAGAGGAACUGUUGACAGACACGAGUAACUCAUCCUCAUCCACGGGGGAGGAAGGUGACCUGGCUGCACUGCUGCCUGACCUCUCUGGCCGGCUCCUCAUCAACUCUGUCUUCCACGUGGGUGCUGAGCGUCUUCAGCAGAUGUUGUUCUCGGACUCUCCAUUCCUGCAAGGCUUCCUGCAGCAGCGCAAGUUCACAGAUGUAACCUUGAGUCCUUGGAGCAGUGACAGCAAAUGCCACCAGCGCAGAGUCCUGACCUACACCAUCCCCAUUAGCAACCAGCUAGGCCCCAAGAGCGCCUCUGUGGUGGAGACACAGACGCUGUUCCGGCGCGGCCCACAGGCGGGCGGGUGCGUGGUGGACUCUGAGGUGCUCACCCAGGGCAUCCCGUACCAGGACUACUUCUACACUGCCCACCGAUACUGUAUCCUGGGUCUGGCCCGGAACAAGGCCCGGCUUCGUGUAUCCUCAGAGAUCCGCUACCGAAAGCAACCGUGGAGCCUCGUGAAGUCUCUCAUUGAGAAGAACUCGUGGAGUGGCAUCGAAGAUUAUUUCCACCACUUGGAUCGAGAACUCGCCAAGGCGGAGAAGCUGUCCCUGGAGGAAGGAGGGAAAGACGCUCGUGGCUUACUGUCAGGCCUGCGGAGGAGGAAGCGGCCCCUGAGCUGGAGGGGCCACAGAGAUGGGCCUCAGCACCCAGAUCCGGACCCCUGCACCCAGACCAGCAUGCACACCUCAGGUUCCCUCAGCUCUCGCUUCUCGGAACCAUCCGUGGAUCAGGGCCCCGGGGCAGGCAUCCCCAGCGCCCUGGUUCUCAUCAGCAUUGUGAUCUGUGUGAGCCUCAUCGUUCUCAUCGCCCUCAACGCCCUCCUCUUCUACCGUCUCUGGUCUCUGGAGAGAACGGCCCAUACCUUCGAGUCCUGGCACAGCCUAGCACUGGCCAAGGGAAAGUUCCCCCAGACAGCCACGGAGUGGGCGGAGAUCUUGGCUCUGCAGAAGCACUUCCACAGCGUUGAGGUGCACAAGUGGAGGCAGAUCCUUCGCGCAUCCGUGGAGCUCCUAGAUGAGAUGAAGUUCUCCUUGGAGAAGCUACAUCAAGGAAUUACUGUCCCGGAUCCUCCCCUGGACACUCAGCCACAACCUGAUGACAGUUUUCCCUGAGGACUCCUGAUUGAAAAGCCACACCCCCUAAAUGGACAGAAGGACACGCAGAACCCUGGCAGUCACUGCUGGCACGGUGUGAAUGCCGCCAGGAGGUUCCUGCCUGCCCCUCACAGUGGCCCUGCCAAGAGCCACACAGACCUGGGGACCAUAGAACCAAGAUGCACUUUAGAUCUGUGUGAGCGAGUCCAGCUGCCACUGCCUGCUCAGCCAAGGAGCUGGCCUGGUCUUUGGCAGGCUCCCCCUCCAACUAACUUAUUUUGCCCAGCUGGGGUCGUGGGGGGCACCUUUUGGGGUACACAAGACCCUCUGGGUUUAAUGUAUUAUAUUUAUUUGGGAAUAACAACCCCAAUAAAGGGUUGGAAAUGGC